AUGGCCAAGGAUUCCGCGAUUGAAGAAACUCAGCAGACUCUGGUGCAGCGCUUCAGAGCUUGGGGUGAAAACUCAUUCCCGCCGACUUUGCUCGCUUCUCUCAUCUUUGCGCAACAUGCACGUCCCUUCCAAUUCUUCCCUAUGCUGUUCCCGCCUAUUCUGCUUUUCACCAGCUAUGCCAAUCUACAGGGCUACAAGACCGAGACGGCCGGUAUCAGUGCUGCCUGGUCUGGCCUCUAUCUUCUGCUGGCAGGUCGACGUCGCCAGCAGGUCAUGAAGAAGUUCGGAGCUCGCGGCAUUGUGCGCGGAGCGACCAUGGGUCUCUGUCUCGUCAACAUGAUCGGUGGUGGAUUGGCAUACACCCUCGGAAAGCGAGAGGAGGAAGAGACCAAGCCCACGCAGUAA